CCCCCUCCUCAUCCUCCCCGUCCUCACACGCUGGAUCGUUCCAAACAUGUCGGCUGUGUUUGAUAUAAAAGAACAUGUCAUCGAGGGCCAACACAUUCGAGAAUAUCCCCGAGCGACAGCACAUGCACAGGAGGAAAUCCUCCAGCUGGCGGUGAAACAGUACAUCCCCAAAGACAACCCAAAGCCAAAGCCUGGCGAUAUCACCAUCAUCGCCUCUCAUGCAAAUGGUUUCGUCAAGGAGCUGUACGAGCCGCUAUGGGAAGACCUCUUGCACACAUGUCGCCAAAGUGGCGUCAACAUCCGCGGCAUCUGGAUAGCCGACGUGGCCUGGCAGGGCCAGAGCGGUAUCCUAAACGAGCACAAGCUGGGCAAUGAUCCCUCAUGGUUCGACCACGCCCGCGAUCUUCUGCACCUGACCAACGUCUUCCGUGCCCAGAUGCCUCGUCCCGUGAUCGGCGUAGGUCAUUCUUUUGGCGCCAACAUCAUCAUAAACGUCGCCUACAUGCACCCACGCCUCUUCUCAGGCCUCGUCAUGAUCGACCCCGUCAUGAGCAGCCGGAUCCGCUUCGGGCCCUUGUACGGCUUCAGCACCAUGCGCGCCUCGGCAUCCCGGCGUGAUCUCUGGUCCUCCCGACAGGAGGCAGAGCAGGCCGUCCGUAGGAAUAAGUUCUACGCCACGUGGGAUCCGCGUGCUGUGGACAAUUUGAUCAAGUUCGGCUACAGGGAUGGACCUACGCUCCUGUACCCGGACAAGACGGGUGGCGAGGUCACGCUGACCACCACCAAGCACUUGGAGUGCUUCACGUACUAUCGGCCGAUCCUGCAAGGGCCCAGGGAUCCCCACACCGGCAAGAGGACCAUGGACCGCUCUCUGAUCCCCGAUGCUACCAGCGAGGUCGACGAAUUCCCCAAUUUCCCUUUCUAUGGAAACGCCUCGUCCACGACGGCCGCGAGGCUGGGCGAGCUCAGGCCGAGCGUGCUGUGGAUCGCUGGGGAGCUCAGUGCCGUGUGUCCCCCGGAGACGCAGCAGGAGAAGAUGGAGCUGACGGGGUACGGACCGGGUGGCAACGGAGGCGCAAAGGCCGGCAGGGUCAAGGAGUACGUGGUGAAAGGGGUGGGCCACCUGGUGGCCAUGGAGAGACCCAAGAAGAUUGCCGAGCAAGCGGCCGGGUUUAUCAGGGACGAGGUGGAUCGGUGGAGGAGGGAGGAGGAAUCGUAUAGGAAAGACCAUCAUGGCCAGUUCACGCUGAAGAAGCAGUAAUAGACUUGGAUUUGUGGGGAAGACGGCAUACCUUCCUUUCUCGCGUUCCC